UGGGCUGCUUAAAGAUUUUCUACGGAGAACAGACUUUGAAGAGGACGAGUGUGUCAGUCUUUCAGUGGACACGAGCAAGACGUGUCGAUGUAUGUCACCAAAUUCUGACUCUUAACAAUAAAUACAUUAUGGGGAAAAAAAGUGGGGCAUUACUUAAUGAACGAUCCUCGUAAGUUAACAGAACUUGACAGAUUGUUUCCCCUAUGUCCCCCCUCCUCUCCCCCCAUUAUGGGGAAAAAAGUGGGGCAUUACUAAAUGAACGACCCUCGUAAGUUAACAGAACUUGACCGAUUGUUUCCCCUAUGUCCCCAUCCCCUCUCCCCCCUGUUACUGAUAUUCAGCUUCCAUACAUUAGGUUCCAAAUAAACUCACAAGCAAGUCACAGCUGGCUGACUUCAACUGCUUCCAAAGUUCUGCUCGGCAGUUGCCCUGUCAGUGCAGCACAGUCGCUGUCCCCUAUGUUCGGGCUGUGGUUCGCGCCCCACUCUGAACAGUCGCCCCCUGUUUGCAGCGCGGGCCGUGGCUCCAGCAGUCCCAGCACCGCCACGCGGCCACUCGGCGACCCCGGACGCUCUCCUGCCGCGGCUGCCCGCCACACUCCGCCGCCACCAGAUGCGGCCGUCUCUCGCCUGCGGAGCCUCUCUCAACAGGAGAGAGGGAGGAGGCUGAUACAGGCGGCCAGGCAGGGCGCGGCGGAGCAGCUGCGCGAGUUGCUGGCGGCGGGGGCGGGCGUGGGGGCGAGGGAGUCUAGCAUCAAGCGGACCGCCCUGCACGUGGCAGCACGCGGGGGUCACGUGGCGGCGGCCAGCUGCCUCGUCGGCGCCGGCGCGGAGGUCGACGCCAGGGACAGCUGUGAGCAGUGGACGCCCCUGCACUGGGCUGCAUACAAUGGCCACGCUGGUGUGGUGCGGCUGCUGGUCGGCGCCUCUGCUGACCCCAACACCAGGGCUCUGUGGGGGCGGACGCCGCUGCACUGGGCGGCACUGUGGGGCCACUCAGAGGCGGCGGCUGAGCUCCUGCUGGCGGGGGCGGACAGGGGGGCCCAGGAUGGCAACGGCAGGACCCCCCUGGACCUCGCCAGGCAGAACAGAAAGCAGGAGCUGGUGGAUAUGCUGAGACAAGGCUGA